AUGUCGAAUUAUCGAUAUUUAUCAACAGCAGCAGCAAAAUCAACAAAUAAAAACAAUCAAGGACCCGUUCUUUCAGAAGUUGCUAAACGAUUAUUAAAAUUUGCUCCGGAUGAUAAACUUAAUCAAUAUUUUCAACGUCCUAUUGCGUAUUGUUAUGGAAAUCGUAUGAUAGAAGCAUGUUCACCACAGAAUCCUACACCGGUUAGUCUAAUAAAAACAGCAUCAGAGCUUCAUGAUCAAUUAUUAGUACGUGUCGCUCAUUGUAUAUAUCAUUUUCAAUCAUUACCAUUCCUACCAGCGACGAAUCCAAUUUUAUUAUCGAUACAUGAUCGUUAUAGAAAAUUAUUUAAACUAUUAUCACAAUUUCCAAGUAUAAAAACCGAUAAAGAUGAAGAAGAAUUUUUUCAUACAAUACGUAUGUUUAAAGGACAAAAUCAAGAUAUUAUUGGACAAUUAUCAAAUGGUUGUUGUGAAGCAAGAAAACAUUUUAAAUCAUAUAGAAUAAUGAAAAUAUUUCUUGAUAAUAUUUUACAUGAUCGUUUAUCAAUGCGUUUACUUUGUGAACAUUACCUUGAAUUACAUAAACGAGAAAAGAAAAAUAUUCCGAAUGAUAACUGGCGUGGAGCUAUUUGUAUGAAUUUUUCACCAGCAAAAACUGUUCAACAAUGUAUUGAUGAUGUUUCAUCAGUUUGUUUUGAAACAUAUGGUGUUGUACCACAUGUUCAUAUGGAGAAUCAUAUGCAUGAAACGAUACCAUUCUUUCCUGAUAUUGUAGAAUAUAUUUUACGUGAAUUAUUAAAAAAUUCUGUACGUGCUAUUGUUGAAUAUAAUAAAGCAAAAUUACAAAAUUUACAAGAUGUAAAAAGAUUCUUUGAAGAAAGCCAUCAGGAACCAUUAUGUAAAGUUUUAAUUACAACAGAUCCUGAUGAUGAACAUUUUACUAUUGCCAUUCAAGAUCUUGGUGGUGGAACUGAUCAAACAAAUGAAAAAAUAUUUCAAUAUUUAUUUACUAGUGUUCCAAUUCCAACACAAGAAGAGGAAAAUGAGGAGAUGAAUAUUGGUAGUUAUCCGGUUUCAAAACCACGAAUGUUUGGCUAUGGAUUUGGUUUGCCUAUUUGUUUAUUAUAUGCUCAAUUCUUUGGUGGUUCAUUAACAUUUCGACAAGUAGCACGCAUUGGCAGUGAUGUUUAUCUUCGUCUUGGUUUUAUACAUACAAAUUCUGAACGUAUUAAGAUCUGA